CAGCCGUGUAACGUCAUUAUUGUCGACAGGCCGUUGGUCCAAUCAGCAGCCACUUUGUCCCGACGUUCUGUGACGCUGCGGAAGUGAAGACUUCAGGCUGUGUUGUCUUCCUUUCGAAUUCUGCUGGCUUCUGAAAGCUGUUUCGUUUGUGUUUGAUGGACGUGGGUCUCUCGUCAGGUGUCGCCAUGGCAAAGCAGCCGCUUGGGAAGACAUUGUUGAGGAAUGUAAUCCGACACACAGAUGCCCACAACAAGAUCCAAGAGGAGAUGGAGAUGUGGAAGAUGCGAGGCUGGGAGAUCCAGGCGUCCGACCACAAACAUUUGCCCAGCGCAGACAUAAUGAGAGGAGGAAUGCACUGCGAUCGAGUGUCCGACCAUCCCAGAAACACGAGCGCCGGCAGAGAGCGAGCAUCGGAGCACGACGACAGAGAGGCUCGGUACUGGACACGCAGGCUCUACGAAUUUGAGGCCGGUGAUCCAGACAGGUGGGGGCACAGUGGCUUCAAGGAGCUCUAUCCUGAGGAGUUUGACAGUGACAGUGACAAAAGUGUAACCAUAAAGAAGAACAGACGCCGCAAAAUGAAGAAAUCCAAGUCUCACACAGAAGCAUGUCUGUCAAAGAGGUCCAAAAAAUCGUCCCGAAAGAAGAAAAAGAAGAAGAAAGCCGAGUCUUCGAGCGACGACAGCGGUACGGGCGGCAGAAGUGAGACGAAAGACAAGCCAAGCAAAAAAAAGAGAGGUAAAGGUCGACACAAAAACAAGAAAAGUGUGAAAACCCGAAGGAGAGACGAGGACAGCAGCUCGGAAGAAAGCAACAGCGGAGGAAAAAAGGAGAGACGGACUAAUGGUCGCAAAAAGCGAAAGCACGACUCCCUCAAGGACUCGGACUCAGAAUUGGACUCAAAAAAGAAAAGGAGGAAAAACUGGAAGGAAGGAGGUGAGGAGAGCUCGAACGACAGCUCAAAUGACUGAGACGCAAACACGUGUAGAGCUAACGACUAGAAGAGCUAUAUUAAGAUCAUUGUUUUUGAGCUCACGAGGGAGGCCUCCACCGUGGGGCCGUGUUGUGUCUUUACGGUGCAUCAACAACCAUAUGCUGUUGGUCCUUAGUCUGCUCCUUUUUAGGAGAAAUAUCUGAGCUCACUCAGCAGGCUGCGUGAAAAACAAUGGAGCGGUUUCCAUCGCCUAACGCAUCAGGAAUCCUGCAAGACGCAGCCUCAUUGAUCACCCGUUUCCUGCGUCGCCUCAGACUUUGGUCCUAAAAUUGUGACUUUUUUUUUUAACUGUAUUUAAUAGAGUGAAAUUAUGCAAGUUCAGUCAAGUCAGACAAAUUGUGUUUUUCUACCAGAGCUUUUUAGGUUUAUACAUUUUAUACAUCUGUUGCUGAAAUAUUGCCACGUCUAAAAUAAACCUCUAUUUUGCAA